AUGUUCGACGUCCUUUGGACCGACCCUAACCGGGAACUUAUGGGCGAGAGAAUUAUAAGAAAGGAGCAAGAAGCUAGGUUAAGAGAUAGGGAUAAGAAACAGAAGACGGAGAACAGUCGCCAAUCUAUCUCAACAGAAGGUUCAACAUCUAGUGAUCGUGGCUUUGGGAUCUUCACGGUUAGGAGCCGAAGGAAGACCUCAACGCCGUCUAAAAUAAAGGACCCAACUACAUCUCCUGCGCGUCUGGCUUCUAGCUCCAGUAAGGUCAAUCGAACAUCAGCAUACGGUGCCAGAUCUCUUCUACACCACGAUGGCUCGCAGGCUACUGCAAGGGAUGGUGAGAAAAGUCACCAUCCUGUCCAGUUGCCAGAAGUGGCCGAUAACUCAAGCAUGUCAUCUCCAGAUUCUGCAUCAUCAAAAUGGACACAGCGAUCGGCCGUCAGUAACAGCACCGGGGCCGGUGCCUCUGUAGGCGAUGCAGAGACUACUCUGAAACCGGAAUACCUGAUUCAACCCCUAGGACCAUCAUCCUUUGUCACUAGAACCACCGAAGUCACCUUUUCACCUCGCGAUCCAGAAAUAGAUCUUGAUAAUUUGAUCUCCGAGGUAAAUAUAUCCGCUGAUCGGUCUAAACCCGCGACACCCCCAUUAACAGACCACAUAAUGGACUUGCCUGAUAGAGCAAAUCCUUUGGCAUUUGACGACCCUGGUUCGACGGCCUCUUCUUCUCAGUCACCUCGGACUCCGCCCCCUAUUGGGCUUCGAAACAACACCGCUAUAUAUACCCCAGGUUGGAACUGUAACGAUAGGCUAAUCAAUCUAGAUGCCUGGAAGCCACCUCAUGAAUGGGAUUGUACCCCAACGCAGGAAAAUGCGAUCAUUUCGGAUGACGAAAGACGGCAUUCUUCGCCGGUGGGUGAUGACGCAGACCAAUGCAUGUCUCCUAAUCUUGCGGCACUGCAGCGCGAAGUUCGGAUGAUGGCAGCGGCUAGUCCAGAGCUUAUGCUCGCCAACAUCAAGUCAAGUAUGGGCCAUUCAUCAGAUGCAACAGUUUAUAAGGAGCUUGAGAUGUCAAAAAAGAGAUGGAUGUUUUCUGCUCUACAAGGCGAGGGUUAUAUUCCUUUUACAGAAUGCGUAGAUAGCCGCCCGGCAAGCCCGAAUUCGUCAAAGUCUUCUGGAUAUCCCAGAAUCCUUGCGCUCUACGAAACUCAAGCAUCUACAUCGUUCCUUGCAGCUCUACAUCCACAAGCUUCAGUCUCCCACCUUUCGCCAAAACCGAUAUCUCCCAAUCUAUUUCCCAACGUGCACCCAAUACUUGUACCGGCAAUCUCAGCAUGCUCAGGGUCUCGACCACUUGCGCCGCAACUCUACUCAACUGUAACAUGCUUGCCUAUGCCAGCGUUGUUUCCCUCGAGCGAGAUCCCACCGAUGCUUCGCCAUAUUUAUCGCUGUCUAGCACCCGGUGGUGCCCUACACUUAACACUAAUUGACCCUCAACCGGUUUCGUCUUCGAUGGGGCCAAAACUGCGACAAUGGCUAUUUGAAAAACUCCUGAUACAAUUAGAGAAGCGAUGUCGCACGACGUACCCAAGCGGCACAUUCCCAGCCUGGUUGGCAGUCGCAAAGCUCCGUGGAUUUGGAAGCACCAUUACAACUGUGUCCGUACGUGCUGUGCAUGAAUGCACCACUCCGAUGGAAGAUGCGAAGAAUACGACAGCUGUAGAAAGUGAGCUUCGAUGUCUUAUAGCAAGGAUGCUGUGGCAAGAGAUUUGGGGAAAAUUUGUUCAUGCAGAUCGGUGGUGGUGGGAGGAGGAAGAGAUAGUCCAAGAGUGUAUUGAAAGGGGGACUUACUGGCAGUAUUCUCACAUCGUGGCAGUCAAGAACAAGAGACAGGCGCCUUAA